AUGUUGGUCAGAGAUUCAAGUUUGCAUCCAUCAGCUGUUGGAGGGGCUUUACCAUCGUCAAGAGACGGUGGCAAAGAACCAUUUGAACAAAGAGGCCGCAUCGCAUGCGGCAAUCUCUUUAUUAUGGGACCACGCUGUGCAAGUUUUUCGAGAAGGGCAAGUGCUCUCGAGGCAAUAAUUGCAACUUCGCGCAUGGGCGCAGACGACUUCGUGACAAGCCGGAUCUUGCUAAGACCAAGUGGUGUGCUACCUUCCUGGAAGGUGGCUCGUGCCCUCUGGGCGAGGAAUGUCCGUAUGCGCACGACACGGAUGAGAAGCGUAAGUAUCGCGGCAAGCAUGUGGUCUCGGCUGACCAUGCGGCUGCGCUGUCCAUCUCGGAUGCCUCUGAUGUUCUGGCAGAGUCAAUCCCAACAGAACAGCCCGACUCAUCGGUUGCUGCCGGCAGCAGCCACACAAGAGCCUCAGCAUCGACUCGCCAAAACAGCGAUUUCGUCGAGGAGUCAGACACAUCCGGAGAAGAGGCGCCUCCGAGCCGAAGAAGUGAGCCUGACGAAGAGGCCUCUCAAGAUUCUGACGUACCUUACGGUGGCCCAGUUCUUGACGUCUCCGUCAGGAAUACAUUCCUUCACUUUCAGGAGCAGUCUGAGGGCAGCUGCCUACGUCGGUCUGCUUCCUGGUCCGAAGGGGCUUCAGGGACAGCAGAAGCUCAAGAGCGGCCCGAUCGAAGCGAAGCUGUGGCGCUACGGCUCUCAUCUUUCGAGGAUCCUUUGCAGGAUAGCUGUUAGCUCCCACAAGGGCACAGUCCACGACCUUGGCGGGCACGCGGGGAGAAUUUUUUGGACCACCUCGCGGCUUGAGGUCCCGGCUUGA